AUGUUCAGGCCAUUGACCCAGCUGAUUACAUGGCGGGAAUACGAGAUCCAGGUUGCGGCGUACAAUCACAGAGGAUUGGGUGUCUUCAGCAAGAGUAUCGAUGUGACAACUGCUGAAGGAGUUCCAACCCAAGCUCCAAAGAAUGUCAUCGCAAAUGUGCUCAACUCGACAGCGGUUGAGAUCACCUUUACGGCUCCGGACCAACAGCGAAUUCCCGGAGUUAACCUUGGAUACAAGGUAGCGCUGAGGUUUAGCAGAGAUGGCUGUUCCAGCCGAGCAAUGGGUUUUCUAGAAAUUACGUUUCAGGUGGAAUUUUGGAAAGGUCAUUAUAACGUCACGGUGCUAUGUUACACUUCACCUGGUGAUGGUCCACGGAAUCAUCCAGUGCUAGUUGUGACCGAUGAAGACACACCGGGUCCCGUGAACGGGCUCAGCAUAGCUGAGGUGAUGUUCAACGGUGCGGUCGUUAUGUGGGACCUCCCUGAGCAUCCCAACGGCAUAAUAACUCGUUUUGUGUUACGGUACUGGAAUGAUGCAUCCCCGGACGACAAGAGCGUGAUGGAGUUUGAAAGUGCUCACAAAGAAACGCUACCAUUGAGGGGAGACGGACCACGUGAAGAGACGAAGUUUGAAUCCGGUGUUCCGCCCGAAUUGCCUGGUCGUCCAAGUUCGUUGACCCUGUCAGAUAUCCGUGCUAGAUCAGUGCUACUCAGUUUUGUGCCGGGAUUCGAUGGCCACACAGCUAUUCGGCAAUGGAUUGUUGAGGCGAAAGUGGCGGAUUCCAGUGUUUUCAGGCUUGCUCCAAAAGCGCGCUCAAUCACAGUGACCGGCCUGCGACCGUUCACCCGAUAUCAAAUGCGUCUGAUCGCAGAGAAUGUGAGAGGACGAGGAGCUCCAAGUGAGCCAUCCAUAGCCUUUGAGACGAAGCAAACAAACCCGGAAACGCCUGCUUCACGUCUUUUUGCCGAGCCACUGUCGUCGACAUCGUUGUCCCUGUCGUGGACGCCGUUGCUGGCGAACCAAUGGAAUGGUCAGCCAAAAGGCUAUCUUGAUUCUCGUACAAAAGCAGUACGAGCAUGGCAGAAAAAGAAGUAUAAAGCGAUGAGAGCAUGCGUUCAAUCUAUGUCUGUAAGCACUGAAAUGCCGUCAAUCCCGUCGUUACGUGCCAGCGACUUUAUUCUACGAGAUCUCCAACCGUAUACCAGCUACGAAGUGCAGCUGUUCGCAGAGAACAUGUUUGGUCGAAGUUCAUCUUCUGGAGCGUCGGAAGCCAAAAUCCGUCUGGAGCCUGAACAAGAGUGGCUGCGUGCAGAUGGGACGCGAACGUUCAGUGUUUCAGGGGCCACAGUACUAGCACAGACGGUAACGGGUUUGCGAGCAUUCACCAGUUAUUUCGUUUUUGUCUCUGCAUGUACCAUAGUCGGAUGUGGACCUGAGAAUCGGGUACCUACGGUGGUUUUGACUCCUGAAGAUGUACCAGAAGUGCCAACUGGUGUCUCAUUUUCUUUGAUCAGCGAAAACGAAGCGUACUUCGUGUCCUAUUGGAAAUCUGACGAAGAUCGAACGACUGCAAUAAGAGCUCCACUGUCGUCUACUCUCUUGUUUUUUACAGCCAAUGGGCUGGAACCAAACAAGCAGUAUACGUUUGCCGUUCAAGCCGAAAACUCUGUCGCUGUGGGGCCAGAAGCAGUAGUGCAGGUGGUGACGACGUCGGUUCGAGUGCCUGUUCGUGCACCGCCAGUACCAACCCGCAACGACACAAAAUACGGCUCGGAUAGCAUAGCUAUUCGAUGGGAUGACAAUGGCAUUGAUGAAGAUGAGGCUCCAGUGCGAUUUGUGCAGGUCGAGUACCAGAAGUCGAAUAGCGAUGAAUGGAAUGCACUGGAAAAAGUCAUAUCAGGGCAGGAAAAAGGCGUGGUGGUGCCAAGGUGA